UAGCUGCUUCUCCAACCGCCAGAAAACACUGGAGAAGAAAAAACCGCUGCUCGUCUGAGCCGCUUUAGCCCCUCGAGUUAUAAAAAUAAAAACACGUUAUUGUGUCUGGCUCUGAGGAUUUAAAACCCUUUAGCUCCUCGAGUUAUAAAAAUAAAAACACGUUAUUGUGUCUGGCUCUGAGGAUUUAAAACCCUGAGGUUUUCUUUGAUUGAUUGAAGGUUUUGAUCAUCAUCUUCGAGAUUCAUCGCCCUCAACUCAUCACCCUCAGGACUCCCGGAGCAGUUUGUUUACACACACACCAUCACCACAUCAUCCUUUCUUCCACUCUCAAUAUUAUAUUAGGUUAUUUUAGAUUAGAUUAAUUUACAUUAAGUAGUUCGGUUAAGGUUUAGGUUAGUUAACCUAUUAACUUUGGAAGAAGUUUUUUUUUUUUUGUCUUCUGUCCAGCAGGAUGCCGAGGAAGGGAAGGAGGUCCGAGGCAGCGAGGCGCCGAUGGAGGAAGCUCAACCUGGAGGAGCCGACUCCAGUCACUUCCCCCCCGAAGACGGUCCAGACGAUGUCCACCCCACCGGACGCAGGGUCCAGGACCAGGGAGAUCCACCCCCCCUACUCUCGAGCUCCAGUCAGCAACGUGGUUGGAUCUUCACCCCCAGCCAAGCCUUUCGGGAGCCUGGGUGAUGUGCGUCCCGAAGUUCGUGCACGCCGUGGUACCGGGUUCCGCCAUCGGGUGCUGAGGUGGCCGACUUCGAAGCUCACAGGACGGAGCCACAAGUUGGUCAUCCCACCGGAGUCUCCUGACAAGAAGUUCAUUCUGAUUGUCGGGGACUCCCACCUCCGGUCCAUCGCGGACGGUUUCGUCGUGAUGCCAGAAGGAAAGUUUUCUUUCGGUGUCAUGUCAACCCAUGGGGCCCACGCCACUCAGCUGCGGACUGAGGUCCUACAUGCUAAUGUUCCUCGGUCCCCUGACGCUGUUUGUGUUCUUGCCCCUAGCAACAACCUGACCGCGAGCAGGACCAUCGACGAGGCAGCCGUCAAUUACGCAAGUUUCCUCACUGCUGUGAGGAGCCGCUGGCCGGAGGUCUUUGUGCUGGAUUUCCCCCCCUGUCUGCAGGAGGAUGAGACAUACCAGGUCCUCCUUCGUCAAGAGUACCACCGCGUGACGGCUCGUAUGGGUGUGAGGUACUUCUCUGCGGCGGAGCACUUCCCCCUUACGCACUUGGAUCUGUGGAGCAGAGACGGCGUUCACCUGAGCGACCGUGAGGGGAUGGGCAUCCUUACCCAGCUGCUGUGGACCGCCACGGAGCAGUUCCUGGAGACACCACCACCUCCCCCGGUUUCUCCUAAGCUGGUUGUGAAGGGAGAGUCGCAGGUUCCUGGUCAGGCCAGCAUGGCUCAGCAGCAGGAGGAGGAGUCCUUCCUCCCACUGAGGUUCAGUAGCAUGAUCCUUCGUGCUAUGGAGGAGGUGUCUCCUUCUCAGCUGUCUGGUGUGGAGGACUGCAAGUCUCCUCCAGCACGCAGGAAGGUGGCCUCCCCAGCGGCAGCCAGGCGUCGUAGGACCGCGGAGAGAUGCCCCCCCCACCACGAGUCUCCUGUGAACAAUCUGGUUGGAUCCCCUCCAGCCAGGCUGUCACAGAGACUGGAGGACUACGCCCCCUCCAGCCCGGUUCCACGGUCCAGGACCACGGAUGGACCAGCCCCCCGCACCCAAACUUCAGUGACCAACCUGUGUGAGGACAUGAAAACAGAGACAUCCAUGGAUGGAGAGACCUCAGAAGCCUGUGUGAAGAAAGAGGAGAUGCUGGAGCUGAAUAUCUACAGCUAUGGAGACGAUCUCGACAACCCACCUGAAGGUCUCUCCGUUAAAGUGGAAGAUCCUGACGAUAAAGACUAUCUCUACUGUGAAGUUCGCAAAUCCUUCUUCCUCAACAAAUGCAAGGUUCAUGGACCACCCCUCUUCAUCCCCGAUACUCCUGUUCCCAUGGGAGUCCCUGACCGAGCCAGACAAACACUUCCUCCUGGGCUAGAAAUCCAGAAGUCCAGUAUUCCUGAUGCAGGCCUGGGAGUGUUUAAUAAGGGGGAGACUGUUCCAGUAGGUGCACACUUCAGCCCCUGCCAGGGAGAGCUGGUGAACCGAGAGGAAGCCAAGAACAGUGGAGACUCCUCGGUUGUAUACAGGAGCAUGCAGUAUGAAGAAUACAUUGAUGCCAAAAGAGAGACGCAUGUGAAUUGGAUGAGGUAUGUGAAUUGUGCCCGGAAUGAAGAAGAACAGAAUCUUGUGGCAUUUGAGUAUCAAGGGGGAAUUCUGUAUCGUUGCUGUCGAUCCAUUAACCCAGGACAGGAGCUCUUGGUGUGGCAUGAAGAGGAGUACACCAAAGAACUCAGUCCUGCACCUACAGGAACAACCAGACAGCAAGAAGUAAAGAACGCUCUGCUGCAAGUCUUUUCAUGCUCCACAUGCCCUCAUUCUGAUGCAUCUCCAAUUUACCUCGACACGCAUAUCCAGAGAUGCCACUAUGAAGAGUAUGUGAGACUGCGAGAAUCAGGAGAGAUUAAAUAUAAGCUUCAGAUCCCCUCCAAAUGCUCCAGUCUUCAACUGACAUCAACUGAUAUUAUCCAUUCUGAUACUUCCCAUAAUGAUAUACAGAAGGAAAUUCACCAUUGCUCAGAUUGUGGAAAGAGUUUUAGUUAUCAGAGUGCACUCAAGACACACCAGCGCAUUCACACAGGGGAAAAGCCGUAUCACUGCUCACAGUGUGGGAAGAGUUUUACUCAGCAGAGUCAUCUCCAACAACACCAGCGCUUUCACACAGGAGAGAAGCCGUAUCACUGCUCACAGUGUGGGAAGAGUUUUACUCAGCAGAGUCAUCUCCAAACACACCAGCGCUUUCACACAGGAGAGAAGCCGUAUCACUGCUCACAGUGUGGGAAGAGUUUUACUCAUCAGAGUACUCUCCAAACACACCAGCGCAUUCACACAGGAGAGAAGCCGUAUCACUGCUCACAGUGUGGGAAGAGUUUUACUCAGCAGAGUGCUCUCCAACGACACCAGCGCAUUCACACAGGAGAGAAGCCGUAUCACUGCUCACAGUGUGGGAAGAGUUUUACUCGUCAGAGUGCUCUCCAACGACACCAGCGCAUUCACACAGGAGAGAAGCCGUAUCACUGCUCACAGUGUGGGAAGAGUUUUACUCAUCAGAGUAGUCUCCAACGACACCAGCGCAUUCACACAGGAGAGAAGCCGUAUCACUGCUCACAGUGUGGGAAGAGUUUUACUCAGCAGAGUCAUCUCCAAACACACCAGCGCUUUCACACAGGAGAGAAGCCGUAUCACUGCUCACAGUGUGGGAAGAGUUUUACUAGUCAGAGUGAUCUCCGACGACACCAGCGCAUUCACACAGGAGAGAAGCCGUAUCACUGCUCACAGUGUGGGAAGAAUUUUACUCAGCAGAGUAAUCUCCAAACACACCAGCGCUUUCACACAGGAGAGAAGCCGUAUCACUGCUCACAGUGUGGGAAGAGUUUUACUCUUCGGAGUCAUCUCCAGCAACACCAGCGCAUUCACACAGGAGAGAAGCUGCAUCACUGCUCACAGUGUGGGAAGAGUUUUACUAGUCAGAGUGAUCUCCGACGACACCAGCGCAUUCACACAGGAGAGAAGCCGUAUCACUGCUCACAGUGUGGGAAGAGUUUUACUCAGCAGAGUGGUCUCCGACGACACCAUCGCAUUCACACGGGAAAAAAGCCGUAUCACUGCUCACAGUGUGGAAAGAGUUUUACUCGUCAGAGUGCUCUCCAACGACACCAGCGCAUUCACACAGGAGAGAAGCCGUAUCACUGCUCACAGUGUGGAAAGAGUUUUACUCGUCAGAGUCAUCUCCAAACACACCAGCGCAUUCACACAGGAGAGAAGCCGUAUCACUGCUCACAGUGUGGGAAGAGUUUUACUCAGCAGAGUGCUCUCCAAAAACACCAGCGCAUUCACACAGGAGAGAAGCCAUUUCACUGCUCACAGUGUGGGAAGAGUUUUACUCAUCAGAGUGAUCUCCAAACACACCAGCACAUUCAUACAGGAGAGAAACCGUAUCACUGCUCACAGUGUGGAAAGAGUUUUACUCGUCAGAGAGAUCUCCAACGACACCAACGCAUUCACACAAGAGAGAGGCCGUAUCACUGCUUACAGUGUGGGAAGAGUUUUACUCGUCAGAGUCAUCUCCAAAAACACCAGCGCAUUCACACAGGAGAGAAGCCGUAUCACUGCUCACAGUGUGGGAAGAGUUUUACUCAUCAGAGUGAUCUCCAACGACACCAGCGCAUUCACACAGGAGAGAAGCCGUAUCACUGCUCACAAUGUGGAAAGAGUUUUACUCGUCAGAGUCAUCUCCAAACACACCAGCGCAUUCACACAGGAGAGAAGCCGUAUCACUGCUCACAGUGUGGAAAGAGUUUUACUUGUCAGAGUGAUCUCCAAAAACACCAGCGCAUUCACACAGGAGAGAAGCCAUAUCACUGCUCACAGUGUGGGAAGAGUUUUACUCAGCAGAGUGCUCUCCAAAAACACCAGCGCAUUCACACAGGAGAGAAGCCGUUUCACUGCUCACAGUGUGGGAAGAGUUUUACUCAGCAGAGUGCUCUCCAAAAACACCAGCGCAUUCACACAGGAGAGAAGCCAUUUCACUGCUCACAGUGUGGGAAGAGUUUUACUCAGCAGAGUGAUCUCCAAACACACCAGCGCAUUCACACAGGAGAGAAGCCGUAUCACUGCUCACAGUGUGGGAAGAGUUUUACUCAGCAGAGUCAUCUCCAACAACACCAGCGCAUUCACACAGGAGAGAAGCCGUUUCACUGCUCACGGUGUGGAAAGAGUUUUACUUGUCAGAGUGAUCUCCAAAAACACCAGCGCAUUCACACAGGAGAGAAGCCGUAUCACUGCCCACAGUGUGGGAAGAGUUUUACUCAUCAGAGUACUCUCCAAACACACCAGCGCAUUCACACAGGAGUGAAGCCGUUUCACUGCUCACAGUGUGGAAAGAGUUUUACUUGUCAGAGUGAUCUCCAAACACACCAGCGCAUUCACACAGGAGAGAAGCCGUAUCACUGCCCACAGUGUGGGAAGAGUUUUACUCGUCAGAGUGCUCUCCAAACACACCAGCGCAUUCACACAGGAGUGAAGCCGUAUCAUUGCUCACAGUGUGGGAAGAGUUUUACUCAGCAGAGUGCUCUCCAAACACACCAGCGCAUUCACACAGGAGAGAAGCCAUAUCACUGCUCACAGUGUGGGAAGAGUUUUACUCAGCAGAGUGCUCUCCAAACACACCAGCGCAUUCACACAGGAGAGAAGCCGUAUCACUGCUCACAGUGUGGGAAGAUAUUUACUCUUUGUAGUACUCUCCAAACACACCAGCGCAUUCACACAGGAGAGAAGCCGUAUCACUGCUCACAGUGUGGGAAGAGUUUUACUCAGCAGAGUGAUCUCCAACAACACCAGCGCAUUCACACAGGAGAGAAGCCGUAUCACUGCUCACAGUGUGGGAAGAGUUUUACUCGUCAGAGUUAUUUACAACAACACCAGCGCAUUCACACAGGAGAGAAGCCGUAUCACUGCUCACAGUGUGGGAAGAGUUUUACUCAGCAGAGUGAUCUCCAACAACACCAGCGCAUUCACACAGGAGAGAAGCCGUUUCACUGCUCACAGUGUGGGAAGAGUUUUACUCGUCAGAGUUAUUUACAACAACACCAGCGCAUUCACACAGGAGAGAAGCCGUAUCACUGCUCACAGUGUGGGAAGAGUUUUACUCGUCAGAGUGAUCUCCAAAAACACCAGCGCAUUCACACAGGAGAGAAGCCGUAUCACUGCUCACAGUGUGGGAAGAGUUUUACUCGUCAGAGUGCUCUCCAAACACACCAGCACAUUCACACAGGAGAGAAGCCGUUUCACUGCUCACAGUGUGGGAAGAGUUUUACUCGUCAGAGUUAUUUACAACAACACCAGCGCAUUCACACAGGAGAGAAGCCGUAUCACUGCUUACAGUGUGGAAAGAGUUUUACUCAUCAGAGUGCUCUCCAACGACACCAGCGCAUUCACACAGGAGAGAAACCGUAUCACUGCUCACAGUGUGGGAAGUUAUUUACUCAGCAGAGUGCUCUCCGACUACACCAGCACAUUCACACAGGAGAGAAACUGUAUCACUGCUCACAGUGUGGAAAGAGUUUUACUCAUCAGCGUAAUCUCCAACGACACCAGCGCAUUCACACAGGAGAGAAGCCGUAUCACUGCUCACAGUGUGGGAAGAGUUUUACUCAGCAGAGUGAUCUCCAACAACACCAGCGCAUUCACACAGGAGAGAAGCCGUAUCACUGCUCACAGUGUGGGAAGAGUUUUACUCGUCAGAGUGAUCUCCAACAACACCAGCGCAUUCACACAGGAGAGAAGCCGUAUCACUGCUCACAGUGUGGGAAGAGUUUUACUCGUCAGAGUUAUCUCCAAACACACCAGCGCAUUCACACAGGAGAGAAGCCGUAUCACUGCUUACAGUGUGGAAAAAGUUUUACUCAUCAGAGUGCUCUCCAACGACACCAGCGCAUUCACACAGGAGAGAAACCGUAUCACUGCUCACAGUGUGGGAAGUUUUUUACUCAGCAGAGUGCUCUCCGACUACACCAGCACAUUCACACAGGAGAGAAACUGUAUCACUGCUCACAGUGUGGAAAGAGUUUUACUCAUCAGAGUAAUCUCCAACGACACCAGCGCAUUCACACAGGAGAGAAGCCGUAUCACUGCUCACAGUGUGGGAAGAGUUUUACUCAGCAGAGUGAUCUCCAACAACACCAGCGCAUUCACACAGGAGAGAAGCCGUAUCACUGCUCACAGUGUGGGAAGAGUUUUACUUAUCAGAGUGCUCUCCAAACACACCAGCGCAUUCACACAGGAGAGAAGCCGUUUCACUGCUCACAGUGUGGGAAGAGUUUUACUCAGCAGAGUGCUCUCCAAACACACCAGCGCAUUCACACAGGAGAGAAGCCGUAUCACUGCUCACAGUGUGGAAAGAGUUUUACUCAUCAGAGUGCUCUCCGACUACACCAGCACAUUCACACAGGAGAGAAGCCGUUUCACUGCUCACAGUGUGGGAAGAGUUUUACUCAUCAGAGUAAUCUCCAAACACACCAGCGCAUUCACACAGGAGAGAAGCCGUAUCACUGCUCACAGUGUGGGAAGAGUUUUACUCGUCAGAGUCAUCUCCAACAACACCAGCGCAUUCACACAGGAGAGAAGCCGUAUCACUGCUCACAGUGUGGGAAGAGUUUUACUCAGCAGAGUGCUCUCCAAAAACACCAGCGCAUUCACACAGGAGAGAAACCGUAUCACUGCUCACAGUGUGGGAAGAGUUUUACUCAGCAGAGUGCUCUCCAACUACACCAGCGCAUUCACACAGGAGAGAAACCGUAUCACUGCUCACAGUGUGGGAAGAGUUUUACUCAGCAGAGUCAUCUCCGACACCACCAGCGCAUUCACACAGGAGAGAAGCCGUAUCACUGCUCACAGUGUGGGAAGAGUUUUGCUCAUCAGAGUAAUCUCCAAACACACCAGCGCAUUCACACAGGAGAGAAGCCGUAUCACUGCUUACAGUGUGGGAAGAGUUUUACUCAUCAGAAUGCUCUCCGACUACACCAGCACAUUCACACAGGAGAGAAGCCGUAUCACUGCUCACAGUGUGGAAAGAGUUUUACUCAUCAGAGUAAUCUCCAAACACACCAGCGCAUUCACACUGGAGAGAAGCCGUAUCAUUGCUUACAGUGUGGAAAGAGUUUUACUCAUCAGAGUGCUCUCCAACGACACCAGUGCAUUCACACAGGAGAGAAACCGUAUCACUGCUCACAGUGUGGGAAGAGUUUUACUUAUCAGAGUAAUCUCCAAACACACCAGCGCAUUCACACAGGAGAGAAGCCGUAUCACUGCUUACAGUGUGGGAAGAGUUUUACUCAUCAGAGUGCUCUCCAACUACACCAGCACAUUCACACAGGAGAGAAGCCGUAUCACUGCUCACAGUGUGGGAAGAGUUUUACUCAUCAGAGUAAUCUCCAAACACACCAGCGCAUUCACACAGGAGAGAAGCCGUAUCACUGCUCACAGUGUGGAAAGAGGUUUACUUAUUCAGUUACAUUUAAAACCCACAAGUGCAAUAACUCCCAUACAUUGCAUGAUUUAAAGUUAUCAAAUUAAAUUUGUUUUUUAUUCAUGCUUUUGCUGAAAA